AUGGCUCACUCAAAGGCUCUAUUAGUGCUGGAAAACUUCAUAGGUGGCAAAUUUGUUCCUUGUUCCUCCUACGUAGACUCCUAUAAUCCAUCCACCGGAGAUGUCUAUUGCAGGGUUCCAGACAGUGGCAAAGAAGAGGUGGAAGCUGCUGUCAAAGCUGCCAAAGAUGCCUUCCCAAUUUGGUCCUCUAAAAGUCCAUUGGAAAGAUCUCAGAUACUGAACAAAUUGGCAGACCUGAUUGAACAUGACCUGGAGGCAUUUGCACAAGCAGAGUCAAAGGAUCAGGGAAAGACUAUUACAUUUGCCAGAACAGUGGACAUCCCUCGGGCCGUGCACAACUUUCGAUUCUUUGCCUCUUCCAUCCUUCAUCAUGUCACAGAGUGCACUGAAAUGCCAAUCAUGGGCUGUGUGCACUACACUUUGAGGGCACCUGUGGGAGUUGCUGGUUUAAUCAGUCCUUGGAAUUUGCCACUGUAUUUGUUGACUUGGAAAAUAGCUCCUGCCAUUGCAUGUGGAAAUACUGUGGUUGCCAAGCCAAGUGAGAUGACAUCUGUCACAGCCUGGAUGAUGUGCAAGCUCUUGGAGAAAGCAGGGGUGCCUCCUGGCGUGGUGAAUGUCGUGUUUGGAAGGGGUGCCAAGGCAGGAGAGGCCCUGGUGUGCCACCCUGACGUGCCUCUGAUCUCCUUCACGGGCAGCACGCUGACAGCCCAACGCAUCACGGAGAAAAGUGCUCCACACUGCAAGCGGCUCUCGCUGGAGCUGGGAGGCAAAAACCCUGCCAUCAUCUUCGAUGAUGCUGACUUGGGCCAGUGCAUCCCCACCACCGUGAGGUCCAGCUUUGCCAACCAGGGUGAGAUCUGUCUCUGCACCUCCAGGAUCUUUGUUCAGAGGGGAAUAUACAGUGAGUUUUUGAAGAGGUUUGUGGAAGAGACCAAGAAAUGGAAGACUGGGAAUCCCUCAGAUCCUACAAUAAAUGUGGGAGCACUAAUAAGUAAAGAGCAUCUGGAAAAGGUAAGGAACUAUGUGAAGAAAGCCCAGGCUGAAGGAGCCAGAGUCCUCUGCGGAGAGGGAGUGGAUCCUUUGGCCCUCCCACCUGGCAACCAGAAAGGCUAUUUCAUGUUGCCCACAAUUAUUGCUGAAGUCAAGGAUGAAUCUUGUUGCAUGCAAGAAGAGAUCUUUGGUCCUGUGACAUGUGUGGUAGCAUUUGAUACAGAAGAAGAGGUGAUCAAAAGAGCCAACAGUGUGAAAUAUGGCUUGGCAGCCACAGUGUGGUCUGGCAACGUGGGACGCGUUCACAGGGUGGCACACAGGCUGCAGUCUGGAUUGGUGUGGACCAACUGCUGGCUUGUGAGAGAUCUGAACUUGCCAUUUGGUGGGAUGAAAGCCUCAGGCAUAGGCAGGGAAGGAGCAAAGGAUUCUUAUGAGUUCUUCACUGAGGUCAAAACGAUCACAAUCAAGCACUGACAUACGUCAACGGAAGUACUUUAGAGUGAAAUAAAUGUCUGGAAUUUGAGUUACGAAAAAUGGCUCAGAACACAGGCUGCUAUUGUGGCCAUUCCUUUCUUGGACUUUGGUCAAGUAAUAUCAAUGACAGCUGAAAAUUAUCAUCCCAAAUGCUAAUGUUAAAGUCAGCUUUUCAUGUUGGACGAGAAGAUCAGUGUGGACUCCACAACCAACCCAUCCCAA